AUUUGCACGCGCUUACGCCGGUCGCGCCAAACGAGAGCUUAGACCCGGCAGCUAUUGCGCUUAUGAAAAGUUUCAAACGGAACAACGGAAACUGCAACGGGCGAGCAGGCGAGCGAGCGAAGGAGGAGUGACAUAGAGAGAGAGAGAGAGAGAAAAUGAGCGAUGUUAGAUUGUAGAAUUGAAACGUGAAACGUGAAACUGAAACAGAACACGCGAAAUAGCAGUAAACAGGUGCCACUGGAACGCAGGGGCUGAACCAAAACUCACCAGAAACCGGAACGGAACGGAACAUUUUUAAUUUUGCCAGUACUACUACGACCAUUAGUACUACUACUAUGCUUAGUUUGCGAUAAGUUUGAAAAGCCAGACAGCCAGCCAGCCACAACAACGGAUAGCACACAAAAUGCGAAAUAUAAUCAAAAAUCUGAAGGAUCCCACCACCACCAGUGUGGUGCUACUUUAUUGGUUGCUCUGGCUGUGCACCACAGCGACGACAGCAACCGCAUUGCCAAAGGUCAGCUGCACCGAUCACGACACAACAAUCACAUGCGAUUGCAACAACGAUGAGCAGCCGCUGGUAUUGCCGCAGUUGCAUGGCACCGUUUACCAGGUGAAAAUACGCAAUUGUCGCGACUUGACCGUGGAGCCAAAUGCUUUGGAUAACACAGAGGGUCUGCGCAAGAUCAGUUUCCAGCAUCUUGAUAAGCUGGUGCUCAAGAAGAACGCUCUCAGUGUCUCGCGUGAGAGCAACAAGGCUUUAAUUGUCGAAUUCGAGUUGGUUAAUUUUCAGUUAAUUGACUCGCAUGCGAUUAGCGGCAACAUUGAGGAGAUCUCAUUUACCGGUGGACGCAUCGAACAGAUGCAUCCAUUUGGAUUUACCACCAUCAAGGAUAGUGCCAUAUUACUCAAGCUCGACGGUGUUACCAUAAAUCACAUCGAAAGUCAGGCCUUUAAGAAGUUUGCCGUGGAGAAGAUGACAAUUGUUAAUUGCAAUUUCAUUGGCAAUCUGCCGACGCGCGCCUUCUACGAGCUGGAGGUGAGAAAUGAGCUGGCGAUGCUCAACAAUCAGUUCCAGGAGCUGCACUCGCACGCCUUCUCCUUCAAGCUCAUCUCAAAGCUGAGCCUGAACGAGAAUCGCUUUGCGGCCGUCGACGGGGAGUGGCUGGAGGCGUACAUUCGCGACGCGGUCGCAUUGCGUAACAAUCAGUUUGGUGCCACCAGCGAUAUUGCGUUUCGCAGCCUGGGCGUUCAUCGCGACUAUCAGCUGAGCGAGCGGCUGGAGUUGCGCUUCCACAACAACACCGUGCGCAGCGUACUGCCGCCGUCGAGCAGUGCGCAUGGCGCUGACAUGGCUGUGGCAUCACCACCGCCACAGCCGCUAAGAUUUGAUGAGCGUUUCGCGCUCAGCAUUCGCCAGCUGCACUACGACAACGAAUGGGACUGUGAACAGCUGGACAUGAGCGCCCAGCCGCCGCAGCCGCGCAUCGAAUUCUUUCGCCAGCACAGCGAACAGCUGCUCUUCCGAGCAACGGCAACUGCAACUGCAACAGCAACAGAUGGUGGAGGAGCUGUUGCUUUUGUGCCGAUGCGCCAGCUGAUUGUGGAUCAGUGUCAGCGUACUAAUUAUACAGCAUAUAUUGUGUUGGGCAGCCUGCUGUUGGCGCUGCUAAUAGUGCUUCUGUUGCUGUUGCUGUGGUGGCGACUCGCACAGCGGCGACGACGUCGCAAACUGGACGUGGUGCAACCGGAACCGCGCACCUACAAGGAGACGCAGAUUGUAUACCAAAUCGAGAAUGCUGGCCUGCUCAAGACUGAUUUGUAAAGCUACACAAAGCACACACACACAAACACUCACACACAAACUCACACACAUACACAAACACUCAUAUACACACACACACACACAGCCGAAAGACGCUAGCUGAAGCGAAGUGGCAUGCAGCAGCAGCACAACCAGCACCACCAAGAAGAACCACCAAGAGUGACCUUUCGUUGUACCAAAUUGUUAGCUUACGUUUAGUAAUGUCUAUGAAGUAAUCGUGUAACGUUAUCUAUCAUCGUAUCUAUAACAUUGUAUCUAUGUUUAUCAUAUAAAGAGAAAACAGGAGAAAUGAUCUAAGCUGUAAAUAAGAACUAUGACUCUUGCAAAUAUUUUGCACUCGUGAUUCAUCUCUAUUCCAAAUUAAUAGCACAUACAAUGAAUGUUAUCUUAAGGAGCAGUGAAUCAUUUACUUUUGGACCUGCUAGCUUCGAUUCACAGCUACAUAUUCAAUUUUAAGCCCAAUUAUAAACUAUGAUAAUAACUCGAAUCGAA